UUUCUGAGUCCUGAGAAAGGGAAAGUUUGCUUUGCUUGGGUAUGUCUGCUGUCAGUAAAUGGCUGCAGGAGCCGAAGUGGUAAACUCCUCGGUCUCCAGAAAUCAGAAGAAAAUUUUAGGAAAGAGAACAAAUAAUUAAAACUCUGUAAGUCUUAAUGAGGUGCUAAGGAGGCACCCCACGAAUGUUUCAGGCAGACUGGGGGAUGUUUUUAUUCAGCACUGGGGGACUGAACAUCAGCAAAGCAUGACAAAUGUCAUAACUGAUGGGGACCUGACCAGUCCCUGUUCCCCUGCCUUUUUAAAUAGGGUAUGCACUCACUCUAAGAGAUGCCAGAACAAACUAUAAUGACCAAGAUAAAUCAAUACUUUGUAAGGCAUUUAAAAGCUCAUUAAAAUGUGAAGCCCCUUGGCAUCACGCACCUCCCUCUGGGCUAUGGCACCUCUGAGCCAGCUGAGUGGCCACCUGAACUACACCUGUGGGGCAGAGAACUCAACAGGUGCCAGCCAGGCCCGCCCACAUGCCUACUAUGCCCUCUCCUACUGUGCGCUCAUCCUGGCCAUCGUCUUUGGCAAUGGCCUGGUGUGCAUGGCUGUACUGAAGGAGCGGGCCCUGCAGACUACCACCAACUACUUAGUAGUGAGCCUGGCUGUGGCAGACUUGCUGGUGGCCACCUUGGUGAUGCCCUGGGUGGUAUACCUGGAGGUGACAGGUGGAGUCUGGAAUUUCAGCCGCGUUUGCUGCGAUGUUUUUGUCACCCUGGAUGUCAUGAUGUGUACAGCCAGCAUCCUUAACCUCUGUGCCAUCAGCAUAGACAGGUACACCGCAGUGGUCAUGCCCGUUCACUACCAGCAUGGCACGGGACAGAGCUCCUGUCGGCGCGUGGCCCUCAUGAUCACGGCCGUCUGGGUACUGGCCUUUGCUGUGUCCUGCCCUCUUCUGUUUGGCUUUAAUACCACAGGGGACCCCACUGUCUGCUCCAUCUCCAACCCUGAUUUUGUCAUCUACUCUUCAGUGGUGUCCUUCUACCUGCCCUUUGGAGUGACCGUCCUUGUCUAUGCCAGAAUCUAUGUGGUGUUGAAACAAAGGAGACGGAGAAGGAUCCUCACUCGACAGAACAGUCAGUGCAACAGUGUCAGGCCUGGCUUCCCCCAACAAACCCUCUCUCCUGACCGGGCACAUCUGGAGCUGAAGCGUUACUACAGCAUCUGCCAAGACACUGCCUUGGGUGGACCAGGCUUCCAAGAAAGAGGAGGAGAGUUGAAAAGAGAGGAGAAGACUUGGAAUUCCCUGAGUCCCACCAUAGCGCCCAAGCUCAGCUUAGAAGUUCGAAAACUCAGCAAUGGCAGAUUAUCAACAUCUUUGAAGCUGGGGCCCCUGCAACCUCGGGGAGUGCCACUUCGGGAGAAGAAGGCAACCCAGAUGGUGGCCAUUGUGCUUGGGGCCUUCAUCGUCUGCUGGCUGCCCUUCUUCUUGACCCAUGUUCUCAAUACCCACUGCCAGACAUGCCACGUGUCCCCAGAGCUUUACAGUGCCACAACAUGGCUGGGCUACGUGAAUAGCGCCCUCAACCCCGUGAUCUAUACCACCUUCAAUAUCGAAUUCCGGAAAGCCUUCCUCAAGAUCCUGUCUUGCUGAGGGAGCAGAAGAGGGAACACUCUUUGUACCCAUUUCUAGAUGCCAGGCUGUUGGCCCACUCAGA